GUCACGUGGUUGCUGGGCCGGGGAAAUGGCGGCUCCUGGAGAGAGCGGGGCUUCGGCUGGCGGAGGGAGCACCGAGGAAGCAUUUAUGACCUUCUACAGUGAGGUGAAACAAAUAGAGAAGAGAGAUUCAGUUCUAACAUCCAAAAAUCAGAUUGAAAGAUUGACCCGUCCUGGUUCUUCCUACUUCAAUUUGAACCCAUUUGAGGUUCUUCAGAUAGAUCCUGAAGUGACAGAUGAAGAAAUAAAAAAGAGGUUUCGACAGUUAUCCAUAUUGGUGCAUCCUGACAAAAACCAAGAUGAUGCUGACAGAGCACAAAAGGCUUUUGAAGCUGUGGACAAAGCUUACAAGUUGCUACUGGAUCAGGAACAAAAGAAGAGGGCCCUGGAUGUAAUUCAGGCAGGAAAAGAAUACGUGGAACACACUGUGAAAGAGAGAAAAAAGCAAUUAAAGAAGGAAGGAAAACCUACAAAUGUGGAGGAGGACGACCCUGAGCUGUUCAAACAAGCAGUAUAUAAACAGACCAUGAAACUCUUUGCCGAGCUGGAAAUUAAAAGGAAAGAGAGAGAAGCCAAAGAGAUGCAUGAAAGGAAGCGACAAAGGGAAGAAGAGAUUGAAGCUCAAGAAAAAGCCAAACGAGAAAGGGAGUGGCAGAAAAACUUUGAGGAAAGUCGAGAUGGUCGUGUGGACAGCUGGCGAAACUUCCAAGCAAAUACAAAGGGGAAGAAAGAGAAGAAAAAUCGGACCUUCCUGAGACCACCGAAAGUAAAAAUGGAGCAGCGUGAGUGACCACCUGGGGUCACAGCCGCAGAACCUUCCCCCAACUGUCUCCCCUCCUGCUUUGAAGGACUCAUUCUUUCCUCCCAUUUCCACCCCAACAUAGAGUAGUAGUUGCUUUUUAGUGCAUUUUGUUCUCAAUACAAUUUAAUAUCGAUCAGAGUAAUUCUUUUGUACAUUGAAAUGAGGGGCUCAGUUUAAAACGAAACCUUCCCCCACCCCCACCCCUAGACCAACCAGGACUGGAAGGUGCCACCAUUGGUUCUGCCUUCUCUUCCCACAGCCUGUAACUUAAUGUUUUGUACUUCACCGAAUUGUGAUGGUUAGAAACUUCGUGUAUAGUUUGUGGAAAUCAUCCAAUUAAACAUAUUGCUUAAAAUGGU